UUGAGCCGACUGAGGUUCACAGAAAUUUGACAGCUUCACAGGUGAUACAAGCGUCCGGAGGCUGUUUCACUUUCACAUUUCAGUUGUUUCCCGGGACACUGUUCUCUGUGAGCCUGGGGUUGCCACAGUCAAAAAACAACCACUCGAAGUCUUACCAUUCCGGCAGCAUGAGCAAAAAGAAAAAGGACUGGAAGACUGAAAAAGAGAGACUGCUUCGUCUAGAUUGUGAGGAGAGACGCAAGGAGUAUCGUCGUCAAGACUUUAUUUCUCUGGACAAGAUUCCAUCCUGGAGAGAGGAAAACAGAGCCAAUGACAAAGAGGAAGGGAAAGAGCUGACAGGUGGAGGAGGACUGAGUGAUAAAGUGUCUCUCUACAAAGGAGAUAUCACCGUGUUGGAGGUGGAUGCCAUCGUCAAUGCUGGUUGGACAAGAGGUGCUCAAACUGUCACCUGGGUGAGAUGUUGGAGAGGGGCAGGACAGGAGCUGUGA